CUCUUCUGGAACCUCUCCAAGGCCAAGUUCUCUUCCUCAUUCUCCCCCGAACCCCACUCCUCCUUCUACCUCGCUCUCGUCGUCCACAACCGCAUCAUUCUCCUCCUUGGCGAUUUCCCCAAAGACGCCUACUCCAAGUCCAAGGCUCUCCACGCUAACAACCCCCACUCCCUACUCCUCAAGAAGGAACACGUCUUUGCCGACACCUUUUACUCCACCACCACCAUUUUUGGCGGCAAGACCCGCUGUAUUGAAAUCGACUGCGGCUCCUCCAGGGAUAACGACUCUGCCUCCUCCAAGCUCUCUUUCUCCGUCGACGGCGACAGGGUGCUGCAUAUAAAGCGCCUCAAGUGGAAGUUCAGGGGGAAUGAGAGAGUUGAAAGAACGGAGGGGGCACCAGAGCUGUCACGGAGGGAGCGCCGGAGCUUCUCCCGAAAGAGAAGGAUUCAGAAGGCGACGAAGGUGGAAAUGAACAAGGACAACAAUGGAAGGCGUCAGAGGGAGAAGAACGAGCUAGCGACUCGCCUUGCGAAACUGAGUCGCAGCGCGGCGUGAUGAAGAGUUCAGAUAAACCUCCGAAGGGGUCGAAUUCAGGAACCCUAGCUGCUGAAUCACCUGUUGUGAACAAUCGGAGUGAUGGUACAGUUUAGUUUCAAUGAGUAUUUGCCUUUUUUUUAAUCUUCAAAAAUCUAAAUGAGUGAUUUCUUUGUGGUGAAAUGGUUCGGUUGGGGAGCCCUGCUAUGCCGCAUAUGGAUGUCAAAGCUGAAAGUAAGCCGAGGAUAAACUGAAUUCAACAUGGAGAGAGGCUUUCAUGAAGGCAUAUAAGUCUAUGAACAAAGAGCUCAGCUCACAUCCGAAUUUGGACUGCUUUUGUAGUGGGAGCACGGCUGUCACUAUAGUGAAGCAGAGAGUGGUUGGCACAAGAAAGAUGAAAUCCUUGAUGACAGUUGGGUUCAGCAAAGUAGAAAGAAAGGGCCAUCUACCUCGCAUC